CACAUUAGAACAUUUCUACUAGCCUGGGGGAAACUUAAAAUCUAACGGCUGCUGGCACAGGCAAGGUGCAAUCAUGGACUUCAUCUGAAUAUAUUAUCGCUUUAACUACAUUUGGAUACAAAGAAACACAUUUAAAUAAAUAAAUAAACACAUGAAGAGUUGCAUUGCAUAACCUUUGCUACAUCAGAUUGGUUUGACCAGAAGGAAAGAGAUCACAUGGACUAGGAGACGAGGAAAGACAGACUGAUUGGACCGCGCAUUUGAAAGGACUGUUACAGCGGUAAAUUCCCUCAGUCAGUGUUUGGACAGCUCCCUUGUUCUGGCUGGUGCAAGAGAGGUCGGCAGCAGCAGCUUCAGCAGCAUCACUAACAGCAGUGCUGCUUGCUUCCCUCCUUCAGCACAGCAGAGUCAGAGUGAAGACCCGGGACCAUGGCCAGCGUGCAGCAGGGAGAGAAGCAGCUCUUUGAAAAGUUCUGGAUGGGAACCUUCAAAGCUGUGGCCACUCCAAGACCAGGGAGCAUCCUUGUAGCCAGCAUCACUGCCCGACGGACUGUGGCUAACAGUGACACAUCAAAUUGUCAAGCUUACAAAGCAGAUGAAGGAAAGCUGGAGCCUGCAGUCACGACAGAGGAGACCUCAGACAGGAAUGGAUGCAUCAAGGCAAGGGAAAGCAAGCACCGCAGCCACCACAGGUCACCUAGUCUAUCCUUUGAUGAGGAUCUCUCCCCUCCACCUGCACCCAAGGGGAAUAAGAAAAAGAAGAAGAAGAAGAAGAAGAAGAAGAAGAAGAAGAAGAAGAAGAAGAAGAAGUCUGACCGCAAGAGAAGAAGGAGGUCUCCUUCAUACAGCCCAUCUCCUGUAAGAAAGAAGAAAAAGAAGAGUUCAAGGAAAAGAAAAAGAAAUAGUUCUUCAACCCAAAAAAGUAAAAGAAAAGUUGAGAGAAAACACAGGAAAAGGUCUCGGAGCCAUUCCCGAAGGAGGCACCGCUGCCAGCGCUCUGAAUCCGAGAGUUCCACCAAGAGUUCCUCAAGCAGCAACAGCAGAGACAGGCGAAGGUCUCCAGAAGCAGGAAGACUGCGAAGCCCAGCAAGGCACCACACCUCCAGGGGAAACCUGACCAUCUCUGCGGAACAGGGCGGCUCAACGUGGGUGCAGUCCAACAUGCCUGUCUGCAAAGCCCCUCUGAAUCACUGCUCCAUCUCCUCCGACACAAUUAUAAAGCAUUCAGGGUCUGAAGCUGGUUUAUUUACCAAAAAGGAAAGAAACCAUGACAUUGUGACCAAUCAGAAUGAAGGUCGUCAAGGUUAUGAUUCUGGCAAUGAUACAUCCUCGCCGCCAUCUACAAAAACAGGCCUGCCAAGGUCCAAGGACGACGAAGAGAAAAACAUUGUGUAUCAAGUAAAGUUACCCUCCACGGAGAAACUCCGAUUCAACGAUGCUGACAGCGGUUCAGAUUCUGGGAAUUCUGUGAGCAGUUACUCAUCCCUGUGUCAGCCUCUUAUUUCCACCAGCCCAGUCACUAGCAAAAUUGAAAGAGAGGUUUCCUCUCCAUGUUUAGGGGCAGUGGGGGAGAAGCGUAGGACCUCCUCACCAGUAGGGGGCUGUCUCUCUCUUAGGGGUCGGUCAAGGACACACUCGCACAGCAGCAGCAGAAGCUGCAGUUCUCGAAGCUCCAGCUGUUCAUCACGCUCCCCUGAACAUAAACUCUCCCCUGACUACUCCAGAAACAGGUCCCUGUCUUCAAGGGAAAGCUACUCUGAAAAAUCUCGGAAGAGGAGCUUGGAGAGCUGGAGCUCGGAGUCCUGCCGGAGCCCAAGUUACUCCCGUUAUAGUCCAUUCAGGUCCCGAGAGACAGAUAAUAAGAAGUAUGGUUCAAAGGGGAAAGAGUCCAAACGAGAGAGAGAGCGGAGAAGAAGCCGGUCAUACUCUCCAAUGAGGAAGCGCAGGAGAGACUCCCCCAGCCACCUGGAGGCUCGCCGCAUCACCAGCGCUCGGAAGAGGCCGAUUCCUUACUACCGGCCAAGCCCCUCGUCCUCCAGCAGGUCCAGCAGCUGCUGCUCCUGGUACAGCAGCCGGAGCCACAGUGCAACCCGCUGCCACAGUGGAACACGCAGCUGGAGCCGGAGCAACUCAACAUACCGAAACCAUAGCCAGAGCCCGUCCUGGAGCUCCGGGAGCCGAAGCAGCCGGAGCCCGUCCUGGAGCUCGAGGAGCCGAAGCAGCCGGAGCAGCCGCAGUGAGAGCUACAAAUCACUGGGCAGCUCCAGCAGGGGGCGCCGCUAACACCCUGCCUGCUGCUCGCUUCUGUCUCUACGCGGAGCACAUCAUUGCAGGGCUGAGCGGAUCACUUGGGGAUCACAACUUGAAGAGUGUGAAAUACAUGAAGGGCAUUGUCUGUGAGAGUUGUGUAUCACUGUACUGUAAUACAUUUCAUUAAUGCGGUUGUACCCGGAGCAGAUUGCAGGAUGUGGAAUGGGUCUUUUAGCAGCUGCUCAAGUGAUCUAGAGCAGAAUGCUGAUAGACCCGAACCAUACAGGUGGAAAAGCAAUCUGGAUCAGGUCUAGAACUGAUCCCUAAAAUGGAAAAGUAGCCACACUGUUGAUUCUGUGUCAUGUUAUUGCCCCUCGACUACACCUGCCUUUCUCUCACCCUAUUGCGUGCUAUGUGUGGAAUUCCAUGCAUGCAAGCUAGUCAAUGAGUGCUGGAAGUGUUGAAGAUACUGUGCGACCAAUGAAAAAAAACACGUAUCCUUCCGGCCCCAGUUUUAUGGGCCCCUUGCAGUUUGGUUUCAGUGCUGUCACUGGGAAGAAGAAGAGACCAAACUGAAGUGCACACAACAAAUUAUAAUUGAAAUUUUAGAAGGGUUGUCUAAUAUUUUCAUCUACUGAAAAGAUCAUUUAGUUUAUGUUAGAAAAUGAUUCGAAAAAGGUGAACACUCUUGUUAUCAAGAACACAAUGUGUCCAGUCAAUCACACAAUCUCCUGUUAACAGUCUGGACUUAAUGAGCUUCUUGCCAACACAAGCAAAUCAGAUAAUGCUAAACCAGCCCAGGCAGGUUGGGAUAACUGGCCCUUCCUAUAUUACUAGCAGUUUAGAAUUUGGAGCACCACACAUCCACACUAACAACGCCCUUGCUUUAGUCCAUGUAUAAUGAAGGGAAGUGCAAAACUAGCUUCCUAACACCAACGCAUCAAUCAGCAUUUUAAACAUGGUCACUGUAUUUAGUCCAGACUCACUCCAAAGCUGAGACUGACAAUCAGGGCACACUGGUCUUUCACAACCAUAGCUACAAGUCUUAACAACAGAGUCUUCAUCAUAUUAAGAGUUCUUACUCAUAAUGACAACCCACUGUAUGGAGCUUAAAUGAAACCCCCAAAGCCAAAUAAAGAAUGUUGAAUUGGCAGGAGGAGGGGCACAGUGACAGCAUUCCACAACAGAGUUCCAUUCCUCUUCCCUUCAUAGCAGCUUGUUAUUUGAAUUAUUUUAGAUGCUGCAUUUUCGUAUUUAAAACUGUACCAUAUCUAUGUAAAGUACUGUGCAGUAUUUUAAACUGAAAUGAACAUGCAAAACCUCAAAGUCAUUUCAUUUGGACCAAUGUUUUGCGUGCAUCAGGUGUCUGUUUGUUUGUUUUUGCAUCAAUGUUUUAAUAUUUAUUUAUUUAUUUAUUUAUUUAUUAUAAUAUGCAGAGAAGCAGAAAAUCAAAGCCAUGAACUUCUCAACUAAACACAUUUUGUUUGGUUGGGUUUCAUUUUUCUAGUCAUUUUUGUUCAUGCAAAUGUACAGCUUUGUACACAAUCUUUUUUCAUUUGCUGCAUCAGUAUGCGGUCAGCAUCCAAACUGCUGUGAUCUUUCUCUACGCGCUCCAGGUACAGAAAUCACGCCUCAUUCAGUAAUAAAGUAUGUAAUGGGUGAAGAAGAGCUCUAGAGCCUUAACUGCACUUGCAGAACAGCUCACUUUUAUAUAAAGGAAAUCUAGAUGCUGUGGCUUGCUCUGCUUGUAUUUAUUUGCAUGCAUAGAAAAUGCUUGCAGAACAUAUCUUCUAUGAAUACGGUCCAACCUUAAUAUUUGCUAUAUACUGUAUAAGGAACAUCUUAUUUGAAGUUUAACUUAUGCUAUGUCCCUGAAUGGGUAUAAGAACUGGUGAUCUGAACAGAUUUAUAUACAGUAGCUGGUAUUCUCCAACCCUUCCACCUCUCCUAUUAAUCAAUAAAUCUGGUAAAACAGUGGAGCCGUUAAAUCAGUGCUUUCGAUGAUCAGGUUCCAAUCAUCUGAAAUACAUCCCAGCAAACCCUUCUUCAGACAGACACGGGAAUGAUUCAUUACAAGGCCUGGAGUUUAUUUAUUUCAAUAUUUUUCUGUAUGCCGUAAUGAUUGUUACACAGUGCUGUAUGUAUUAUUUAUUUGUGUUUUACAUAUUAUUUCUGCUGCUGUUAUUUAUUACUAAUGACAAUGGUGUAUUUUAAUAUAGAUGGUGUCAUUGUUCCAAAAAGAAAAGGAUUUUUAAUUGUGUUGGAAAAAAGAACAAAAUGUUUCUGAGAAAAUAACUCUAGUAAUAGUCGAACAAUACAACCCCUUCCCCAGAAUGUGCAGGUUUUUAUUGUCAGACUAUUUGAGUGAGGUGUACCAAAAUGUUACUUGCAAGCGGUUGAUUCAUGAUAUGUUCUCUAUGCACUGUAUAUAUUAAUGGGAGGGACAAUGUCAUGCCUUGGUAUAUUUAUUUAAUGGAUGUAUUGUAACUUAUUUAUAGAGAAUAGUACAAAUCGGAUAUUUAAAAUUGAAGUCACAAAGAAAAAAUGUAUUCUAGUACUUUUGGAGUCAUUUCUUUUAGCACAUGCAAAUCAAUCUCUUUUGGUUCAUAGUUCAAUUGAGUUGUUUGUACUUGGUAAUGGUUUUCCAAAGACAGUAAGUGUGACUCCCAACUAAGCUGCUAAUAUGAAUUGAGAUAGUUGUUUGGCAGGUCCAUGAUCAUGGGUUAAAGCAAAGCCCUAGUUGUCAUAGCAACUGGAAGUUUGUCAGUUAACAACCCAAUCAAUGACUGUGGACUUCCCAAAAGAAACAUUAAAUAAAGCUGGUUUGGUCGGGUCAGACUUUUAGUCCUAAAUCGAUACUGCAAGCAGCUCUCUAAAUAUUUUCCAAUUCUCAACAAUUUGAAGAAAGUAAGUCCUUUCUGAGGACAUUAGUGUGUUAAAUGAUGGAAGUAGCUUGUGAGAAUUUGUGAGAAUACAGCUUGGUAUUAUAGGCAAGCUUGUUUUAGUUUGAGCUUAUGAACUGCAGUGAAAAUGCAUUUAUGUGGCUCCCAACAGUGUGUUACACAGCAGACUGAACAGAUGCACAGUCGUUUUAUUUAUUGUUUCUAGAAUGUAAUCAAUUAAAAACAUAAUAAAAGGAACACAAACAUCUAUAUAAUCUGAACUUUUAGACUAGUCCUUGGGUUCAGGUAACACCUCCAACGCUGUUGAGAAGAUUAAUCACAAAGGAGUGGCUGGGCGGCUCGAGGUCUAAUGGCAUGGAGCCACAACUAGACUCCCUUUACUCAUCUAGAGUCACCUUGGAAUCCAGCUAGAAGGUCAUCUUAAUAAGUAGAACUCUGUAGAAAUAAGGUGUAUUUAUAAAAUGAGUGUAAAUCAUGUUCCAGCUGCAUUCGUGCCCUUCUUCAGUCAAGGGCACCUACCAGUAUACGACAGUUAGAGUUUGAAAUGUCUUUAGAACAAAAGCCAGAGAGGAGCAAGAAUCUAUUGGAAAUCCCUGUGCAUCUUGUGUAUGUGUGUGUGUGUGUGUAUGUGUGCUUUUGAAUGAAACUGUCUGUUUAUAUUAUUGUAUUGAUUGUA